AUGGCGACAGAGCAACCUUACGUGUUUCCAUCCUUGAUGGAGAUCAAACAAUCCCUACCCCGGGAGUGUUUUGAAGCCUCGGUGCCUCUAUCGCUCUACUAUACAGUUCGAUCCCUCGUCAUCGCUUUGUCACUUGUCAUUGGGCUCAACUACGCACGCGCUUUGCCGGUUGUUCAGGGUAGUUGGGUUUUGGAUGCCGCUAUCUGCACGGGAUACAUUUUCCUGUUGGGCAUCGUGUUCUGGGGAUUUUUCACACUUGGCCAUGACGCAGGUCACGGCUCUUUUUCACGCUAUCACUUGCUUAACUUUGUCGUGGGCACUUUGAUGCAUUCGCUCAUCCUCACACCCUUCGAAUCGUGGAAGCUUACGCACCGUCAUCACCACAAGAACACUGGAAAUAUCGACCGCGAUGAAAUUUUUUACCCUCAGCGUAAAGCCGACGAUCACCCACUGUCACGUAACCUCACUCUGGCACUCGGUAUUGCGUGGUUCGUUUACUUACUUGAAGGUUAUCCACCACGCCGGAUCAACCACUUUAAUCCGUUCGAGCCCCUUUUCGUGCGUCAAGUAUCGGCCGUGAUCGUCUCCCUCUUCGCCUACCUCUUCGUGCUUGGUCUUUCCAUUUACUUGACCUUCCAACUGGGCUUUAAGACCAUGGCGCUCUACUACUACGCACCUGUUAUGGUAUUUGGCAGUAUGCUCGUGAUUGUAACUUUUCUGCAUCAUAAUGACGAAGAGACUCCGUGGUACGCGGACUCAGAGUGGACUUAUGUGAAGGGAAACCUGUCGUCCGUUGACCGAUCUUACGGAACACUCAUUGACAAUUUAAGUCACAAUAUCGGUACACACCAGAUUCACCACCUUUUUCCCAUCAUUCCGCACUACAAGCUCAAACAGGCCACAUCGGCUUUUCGCCAAGCAUUUCCCGAACUUAUUCGGAAGAAUGACGAGCCAAUUCUUAAGGCAUUCUUUAGAAUCAGACAUCUCUACGCCAAGUUUGGUGUCGCCGAAUCGGAUGCCAAAGUCUUCACCCUCAAGGAGGCCAAGGCAAUGACAGAGACGGCAGCUAAGUCAAAGACUACGUAA